GAGAGAAAGAGGAGAGAUUAUCCAGGACACGUGAGCUGUGUACACUACAGUCUCUUCCCCCCUCUCUCCCUCUACCUCCAACAGUGCUAAAUUGUAGAGAGACAAAGGAAAGGAAAGGAAAAGAAAAGAAAAUAGAAGAAAGUAAGGCCACCUCCUCACUGUGCCACACCAUCGACGCUAACUGUCCUUCCUCCUUUCGCCAUUCCCCCCACUUUCUCAGCCAUUCCUAUAGGCCACCAAAUUCGUAAACUCUCUCUCUCUCUCUCUCUCUCUCUACCCCAAAAUCAAUAACAGUAAGACCAUCGAAGUAAAAGUGCUCCCCCAAUUUCAACUUUUUCUGCUCAAUUCAGCGGUACGUUUCCCACCCAUUUCUCAUUCUUUUCCAUACUCUGCACUUUUUGGAUCCGAUCCAUGGUUCUUUUGCGUUAGCUUAUUGAAUUUCUGGAAGACCCAUUAUUACCGAACUGAUAAACCGAAAUCACAAUUACCCAUAUGUGAAGUCCUCAGGUUUCUGGUUUUCAUUGGGGGUUUUUGUCAUUGAGGCUGGAGUUUCUCUUUCAUGGUGGUUUUUUUUUAUGAUGCAGGAUUUGGUGGAGAUAUUCGUAGUGGAAAACUGGUGCAAAUGACAAAAUCUCAAAAACCUGAAGCACAAGAAUCUAAAUUUGUGCAGACAUCUCGACCAAGGGAAUUAAAUGGAGCACAAGGAAUGGAGCACCCUGACGAGACUAUGGCCACCGUCGCCCAAUUCAUCGAGCACUUGCACACGAAUAUGUCCUCACCACACGAAAAAGAGUUGAUCACCGCGCGUCUGUUAGGCCUAGCCAGGUCGAGAAAAGAUGCAAGAGCUGCCAUUGGAUCCCACUCUCAAGCUAUGCCUUUAUUCAUUGCAGUGCUCCGGAGUGGAACAUCAGUGGCCAAAGUGAAUGUCGCUUCCACUUUGAGUGCUCUAUGCAAAGAGGAUGACUUGCGCCUAAAGGUUCUCCUUGGAGGAUGUAUACCCCCUUUGCUCGCACUGCUCAAGUCAGGUGCCUCUGAAGCCAGGAAAGCAGCCGCCGAGGCCAUAUUUGAAGUAUCCUCCGGUGGGCUGUCAGAUGAUCAUGUGGGGAUGAAGAUUUUUGUCACUGAAGGGGUGGUACCGACUCUAUGGGAUCAACUCAACCCCAAAAUCAAGCAGGACAAAGUCGUUGAGGGCUUUGUUACUGGGGCAUUGAGGAAUUUGUGUGGAGACAAGGAUGGCUAUUGGCGAGCCACCUUGGAGGCUGGAGGGGUAGAAAUCAUAGUGGCUCUUCUUUCUUCUGAUAAUUCAGCUGCUCAAGCAAAUGCGGCUUCACUACUGGCUAGAUUGAUGUUGGCUUUCGGAGAUAGCAUCCCAAAAGUUAUACAGGCUGGUGCUAUCGGGCCUUUGCUUCGACUUCUUGGUAGCAAUAAUGAAAUCUCAGUUCGUGCAAGUGCAGCCGAUGCUUUGGAGGCCCUCUCAUCCAAGUCAGCUAGUGCUAAGAAAGCUGUGGUUGAUGCAGAGGGCAUACCCAUUCUCAUUGGAGCAGUCGUAGCCCCUUCUAAAGAAUGUAUGCAAGGGGAGUCCGGUCAGGCUCUUCAAGAGCAUGCUAUUCAUGCUUUGGCUAAUAUUUGUGGGGGGAUGCCUGCUUUGAUAAUUCGCCUUGGAGAGAUGUCCAAGUCCUCUAGAUUGGCAGCCCCAGUGGCUGAUAUCAUAGGGGCACUUGCUUACUCAUUGAUGGUUUUUGAUCAUAAAGCUUUGGGUGUUGAAGAAGCAUCCUCUUCCUUUGAUGCCUUGCAGAUCGAGAGUCUUUUGGUUAAACAAUUGAAGCCUCGUGACUCUAAGCUGGUUCAAGAGCGUGUCUUUGAGGCUCUUGCGAGCCUCUAUAGCAACACUUACCUCUCAAGAGGCCUCAGCCAUGCGGAAGCAAAGAGGAUGCUCAUCGGUCUGAUCACCAUGGCAACCAGUGAUGUGCAAGAAGAACUCAUACAUGUGUUCGUGAGCUUGUGCUCCGGAGACAUGGGUAUAUGGGAGGCUCUUGGAAAGAGAGAGGGGAUUCAGUUGCUGAUAUCUUUGCUUGGACUAUCGAGCGAACAGCAGCAAGAAUAUGCAGUAGCAUUGCUUUCGAUCUUGACUGUUCAAGUUGAUGAUAGCAAGUGGGCUAUAACAGCAGCAGGUGGCAUACCCCCAUUAGUACAGUUACUGGAAACUGGGUCUCAGAAAGCAAGGGAAGAAGCAGCUCUUGUUUUAUGGAACCUUUGUCGCCACAGUGAAGAUAUACGUGCAUGUGUUGAAAGUGCAGGAGCAGUCAGUGCACUUUUAUGGCUCCUCAAGAGCAGUGGUCCUAAAGGGCAAGAGGCCUCUUCAAUGGCACUCACAAAGCUUAUUUGUUAUGCUGAUUCUGCCACCGUAAACCAAUUGUUAGCAUUGCUACUUGGAGAUUCUCCAAGCUCAAAAGCUCAUGUGAUUACAGUGUUGGGGCAUGUUCUUACUGUGGCCUCCCACAAGGAACUGGUUCAAAAAGGAGCUCCUGCCAAUCGAGGUCUCAGGACUCUUGUUCAGGUUCUCAACUCCUCAAAUGAGGAGACCCAAGAGCAUGCAGCUUCUGUUCUCGCCGACUUGUUCAGUGCUAGGCAAGAUAUUUGUGGUAGUUUGGCAACCGAUGAGAUCGUUAACCCAUGCAUCAAACUCUUGACCAGCAAAACUCAGGUCAUUGCGACUCAGUCUGCUAGGGCUUUAGGUGCUCUUUCUCGUCCUACCAAGGCCACCAACAACAAAAUGUCCUAUAUUGCAGAAGGGGAUGUUUAUCCAUUGAUCAAGCUGGCCAAAACAUCUUCUAUUGAUGCUGCUGAAACUGCAGUGGCUACCCUGGCCAACCUUCUCUCAGAUCCACAGAUAGCCGGAGAAGCCAUUGCAGAGGACAUUGUUUCAGCGCUGAUAAGAGUUUUGAGAGAAGGAACAUUGGAAGGAAAGAGGAGCUCUUCUCGAGCUCUUCAUCAAUUGCUGAACCAUUUUCCAAUUGGUGAUGUGCUUGUUGACAGUGCUCAAUGCCGAUUUACCAUUCUUGCCCUAGUUGAUUUUUUGGCUUCAACAAACAUGGAGGGAAUCGAUUCAUCAGAUGCCCUAGACGUGCUUGCUUUAUUGGUCAGAACAAAACAGAGUGUGAACUUCACCUACCCUCCAUGGGCUGCACUUGCUGAAGUCCCAUCGAGCAUUGAACCUUUGGUUCAUUGCUUGUCUAUUGGGCUCCCUCCUGUUCAAGACAAGGCAAUUCAAAUUAUUUCAAGGUUGUGUCGUGACCAACCUGUUGUUCUUGGUGACCUUCUAGUUGGGAAAAUACAGUGCAUAUAUGCUCUUGCAGAGCGAAUUAUAAACUCAUCCAGCAUAGAAUUGAGAGUUGGGGGUGCUGCACUUCUCAUUUGUGCCGCAAAAGAGCACAAACAGCAGUCAAUGGAUGCGCUCGAUGGGUCAGGGUCCUUUAAGCAUCUUAUCCAAUCCCUUGUUGAUAUGCUAAAGCAUCAUACACGUUCCAAGUUCUCAGGUCUAAGAGACGAAGGGAUUGAAGUGCGAACUCCCCAGGGCUUUAUGGAGAGAAAUGCUUAUUUUCAGGAUGGUGAUGAAUUCGAGGUUCCAGAUCCAGCAAUUGUUUUAGGAGGUACAGUUGCUCUUUGGUUACUGUCGAUCAUUUCAUCCUUUCACAAGAAAAACAAAUUGUACGUUAUGGAAGUGGGAGGAGUUGAGGUUCUAUCUGAUAAGCUCGUGAGUUAUACCAUGAACCCUCAGGCAGAGUUUGAGGACAGCGAAGGUUUAUGGAUCAGUGCCUUGCUACUGGCUAUCUUAUUCCAGGAUGCCAAUGUUGUUUCAGCCCCUGCUACCAUGCGAAUAAUACCUUCUCUUGCUUCUUUACUCAGGUCAGAUGAGGUUAUUGAUAGAUAUUUUGCUGCCCAAGCCAUGGCUAGCCUUGUUUGCAAUGGAAAUAAAGGAAUACUUCUCACAGUUGCGAAUUCAGGUGCAGUAGGAGGUUUAAUAUCUCUGAUUGGUACUGUUGAAAAUGACCUGCCAAACCUAGUGGCAUUGUCCGAAGAAUUUUGUCUGGUCAGGAACCCCGACCAAGUUGUUCUUGAACGCCUUUUUGAAAUGGAGGAUGUUAGAGUGGGAGCAACUGCUCGUAAGUCUAUACCUCCAUUAGUGGAGCUUCUAAAGCCAAUUCCAGAUAGGCCUGGUGCCCCUCCCAUUGCAGUUCGGCUCUUGACUCGGAUUGCAGAGGGAAGUGAUGCAAAUAAAAUAAUAAUGGCUGAAGCUGGGGCCUUAGAAGCCCUAGCUAAGUAUCUAUCACUCAGUCCCCAAGAUUCAACUGAAACCACUAUUUCAGACUUAAUGGGAAUCCUAUUUAGCAAUUCUGAACUUCUUCGUCAUGAAGCAUCUGUUAGUUCUCUGAACCAACUCAUAGCUGUUUUGCGUUUGGGUUCAAGAAGUGCAAGAUAUAGCGCAGCUAGGGCUCUGCAAGAACUAUUUGAUGCUGAGAAUAUCAGAGACACUGAGAUAGCGAAACAAGCCAUUCAGCCUUUGGUUGACAUGCUUAAUGCAGGAUCUGAGGGAGAGCAACAUGCUGCUCUUGCAGCUCUCAUUAAGUUAUCUGUUGAAAAUACUUCAAAAGCAUUGGCUAUAAGUGAAGUGGAAGAGAAUCCUCUUGAGAACCUUCACAGGAUUUUGUCGUGUCCCUAUUCUUCCUUGGAAUUAAAGAAGGAUGCUGCACAACUCUGCUUCGUACUUUUUGGGAUCUCUAAAAUGAGGUCGAUGCCGAUUGCUUCUGAGUGCAUUCCCUCUCUGAUCUCUCUUAUGGAAUCAGGUAUAAACACGGUUGUGGAAUCUAGUGUGAAUGCUUUCGAUAGAUUGUUGGAUGAUGAACACCACGCUGAGAUUGCUGCCACAUAUGAAGUUGUGGUUCUUCUCGUUGGAUUGGUUUCUGGGUCCAACUAUUCACUCUCUGAAGCUGCGAUCAGUGCCCUUAUAAAAUUGGGAAAAGAUCGCCCCCAUUGCAAGCUUGACAUGGUUAAAGCUGGGAUUAUCGAUAACACACUUGAAAUGAUCCCAGAGGCACCUAGCUCUCUAUGUUGUUCAAUUGCUGAGUUGCUUCGAAUCUUGACUAAUAAUAGUGGCAUUGCAAAAAGCUCCGCUUCUGCUAAAAUGGUGGAACCACUUUUUAUGGUAUUACUACGUCCAGACUUUAGCAUGUGGGGACAACAUAGUGCCUUGCAAGCUCUUGUAAAUAUUUUGGAGAAACCCCAAAGCCUUACAACCUUGAAGCUCACUCCUAACCAGGUCAUUGAACCAUUGAUAACAUUUCUUGAGUCCCCAUCACAAGCAAUUCAACAGCUUGGCACUGAACUUCUGUCGCAUCUUCUCGCUCAAGACCAUUUUCAAAGGGAUAUUACGACUCAAAAUGCGGUUGUGCCUCUAGUUCAGCUUGCAGGAAUUGGUAUCUUGAGCUUGCAACAAACGGCAAUAAAAGCCCUGGAGAGCAUUUCAACAAGUUGGCCUAGUGCAGUGGCCGAUGCAGGAGGGGUAUAUGAACUCUCUAAGGUGAUUGUUCAAGAAGACCCUCAACCACCCCACGCUUUAUGGGAAUCAGCCGCAUUGGUUCUCUCAAAUGUGCUGAGGUGUAACUCUCAGUACUAUUUUAAAGUUCCUCUUGUUGUUCUUGUGAGAUUGCUGCAUUCAACACUGGAAGGAACAAUCAUGGUAGCUCUCAAUGCGCUAAUUGUUCAAGAGAGGAGUGAUGCUUCAAGCGCAGAACUGAUAGCUGAGGCUGGUGGUAUUGAUGCUCUUAUAGAGCUUCUAAGGUCCCAUCAAUGUGAAGAAGCAGCAGGGAGGUUACUUGAAGCUCUGUUUAAUAAUGUAAGGGUUCGAGAAAUGAAAGUAUCGAAGUAUGCUAUAGCUCCUUUGUCACAAUAUCUUCUAGAUCCACAGACCAGAUCACAGCCUGCUAGGCUAUUGGCAGCUCUUGCGCUUGGUGAUCUUUUCCAGCAUGAGGGGUUAGCAAGAGCAAGUGAUGCAGUCUCUGCUUGCCGUGCCCUCGUAAGCUUGCUAGAAGAUCAGCCGACGGAGGAGAUGAAAAUGGUGGCCAUAUGUGCUUUGCAAAACCUAGUUAUGCACAGUAGGUCAAAUAGGCGUGCUGUUGCAGAAGCUGGAGGUAUCUUGGUAAUCCAAGAACUUCUUCUUUCUACAAAUUCAGAAGUUUCUGGGCAGGCAGCUUUGCUGAUUAAGUUUCUUUUUUCAAACCACACUCUUCAAGAAUAUGUAUCAAACGAGCUCAUAAGGUCUCUAACCGCUGCCUUGGAAAAGGAGUUGUGGUCCACAGCAACCAUAAAUGCAGAGGUGCUAAGAACCAUCAAUGUGAUCUUCACCAAUUUUUCCAAGCUUCACAUUUCAGAGGCAGCCACUCUAUGCAUUCCCCACUUAGUGGGUGCUCUCAAGGUUGGAUCAGAAGCCGCUCAGGAAUCUGUCUUGGAUACCCUUUGCUUGUUGAAACAGUCAUGGUCAACAAUGCCAAUUGAUGUUGCCAAAGCACAAGCCAUGAUCGCAGCUGAAGCCAUUCCCAUACUGCAACUUCUCAUGAGGACAUGCCCGCCAAGCUUCCAUGAGAGAGCUGAUAGCUUGUUACACUGCUUGCCUGGGUGCCUAACUGUGACAAUCAAGCGAGGCAAUAACUUGAAGCAGACGAUGGGAAGCACAAAUGCUUUUUGUCGUUUAACGAUAGGAAGUGGGCCCCCCCGUCAAACAAAAGUUGUAAGCCACAGUACCUGUCCGGAGUGGAAGGAGGGAUUCACUUGGGCAUUCGAUGUGCCACCAAAAGGUCAAAAACUACAUAUCCUCUGCAAAAGCAAGAAUACAUUUGGGAAGACAACUCUUGGGAGGGUAACAAUUCAAAUAGACAAAGUGGUUACAGAGGGGAUAUAUAGUGGAUUUUUCAGUCUUAAUCAUGAUGGAAACCGAGAUGGAUCAUCGAGGACGCUCGAGAUAGAGAUCAUUUGGUCCAACCGGAUGUCAAAUGAGAACCUAUGAUUGAGAUAUCUGUAUAUCUGUCUCUUCCCAGCUCUCAGGAAAAUAGAACUAGAAGGAAAGGCUGAGCAGCAUGGGCUGUAUUAUUAUUAAGUCCAGGAUCCCUCCUUGUGUAGUGAGUAUGUUGUGGUUCAGUUUUGUAGCUGUAUGGCAAAUGGUGCUCGAAUGCGGCAAGUUGUAAAUGUCUUACGUUGCAAAGGCAAUCUAUAUAUUUAUCCAACUAUCAUAAUUGGGGGAUGACCCAAGGUCUGUAAGAGCUUCUAUAAAACUAUUUAAGAGCCCUCAAAAUAGGGGCUAUAAGCACCUGUACAGGAAUAUGAUUUUGUGUAUUUCACUGGUUUCUAUAUUUUGAUAUUUUAAUCACCAUUGUGACUCAA